AUGGUCGAAAUCACGAUACGGAAGCGUCCUCAUACCGAAGCUGUGGUUACCCAGCGCAAAUUCUUCAAAAAAACUGCCCGCGGGAAGGUCAUCAAAGUCCUUCGCGAACGUUAUCUCCGCGAUGAUGUUGGCUGUGGCAUCCACGGCUGUAGGUCUUGCGUGGUCGAAGCAACAGACUUCACACUGCCUUCUCCUGGGUCCCUCGAGCACUCACUCUUCCCGAAUGGCCAUUUCCUGCUCCCAGACACCAAUGUCUUCCUCGCCCAGAUGGAUUUAAUGGAGUCAGCUCUGUUCACCCCUCCGAUUAUCGUCCUGCAGACGGUCUUGGAAGAAGUUCGACAUCGAUCUCUUCCUCUUUACAACCGCCUGAAGGCCCUCAUACGCGCAGAGGACAAGAGAAUAUGGGUCUUCUACAACGAAUAUAGGUCUGAGACCGCCGUGAUUCGCGAGGAAGGAGAGUCUCCAAAUGAUCGCAACGACAGAGGUAUACGCAAGGCGACUUCAUGGUACAACACACACAUAUCUCUGUCUCGUCCACCAAUAAGGGGCCAGCCUGUCCGCCCUCUGCCAACAGUCGUGCUCCUGACAGACGACGUGGCUAACCGGCAGAGGGCGGAGAAGGAAGGGCUCAGCUGCAUCUCAUCAAGGCGGUAUGUGGAGAGUAUGAAAGACGCAAAUCAGCUCCUCGAUCUGCUUUCAGCGUCCGGCGCAGACGUAUUGGAGCCCACAAAAGCUGUUGCUGUCCGCCAAGCACUCUACUCUGAUUACCUCCCGAUGUCCGCUCUACUCACUGGCGUCAGGGCUGGACAAUUGCACCAAGGACAUUUCAAUGCGAACCAGUACAAUUAUUUGGAGGGUAGCGUCCCGGUCUCAGCUUUCGACAAACCCAUCCUUCUGAUGGGACGGGAGAACAUGAACCGUGCCGUGCAAGGUGACGUUGUCGCGGUCGAGAUAUUACCCGAGGCCGAGUGGAAAGCCCCUGCAGAUGAGGUAGUUGAUCAAGAAGCAACCCUCAAGGACGAUGAUGCGGAAGACUCGGAGGAAGAGAGCGCGGACAUCGCGGUCGUCACGGAGCGGCGCGUCCUACAAGCGGAGGCGGCAAAGAAGCAAGCAUCAGCGAAACAGCCUACAGGACGGAUUGUGGGGAUUAUCAAGCGCAACUGGCGAUCAUACGUCUGCCACAUCGACAGCACCUCACUCACCUCGUCAAACGCGACGUCGCUCUCGCAGCAGACUGUGUUCGCGACGCCCGUCUCGCGGCUCCUUCCGCGCAUCCGACUGCGCACGCGCCAGGCGCCAUCGUUGCUCGGGCAGAAGAUUCUCGUCACGGUCGACCGCUGGGACAGCACCUCGCGGUACCCUGAUGGGCACUUUGUGCGCGCGCUCGGGAAGGUCGAGAGCAAGGAGACGGAGCAGGAGAGCCUGCUGCUCGAGUUUGAGGUGCCGUAUAGACCAUUUGGAAAGGCGAUUCUUGAUUGCUUGCCCAGCGAGGGUGAGGCGUGGGUGGUCCCGCCGAAGAGCGCGGACAGCCCUGAGUGGAGAGAUCGGGAAGAUCUCAGGCAUCUCAUUGUUUGCAGCAUCGAUCCACCCGGAUGCCAAGACAUCGAUGACGCCCUGCAUGCACGACUUUUGUCCAACGGCAACAUCGAGGCAGGUGUCCAUAUCGCGGACGUUUCGCAUUUCGUACACCCGGACACGCCCAUGGACAACGAAGCAGCCGCGCGGGGCACCACGGUGUACCUCGUAGACAAGCGGAUUGACAUGUUGCCUGCCCUCCUCGGCACUAACCUCUGUUCUCUGCGGCCCAACGUCGAGCGGCUGGCGUUUUCUGUGAUCUGGGAACUAUCUCCGGAUGCGCAGAUCGUUAAUGUUCGCUUUACAAAAUCUGUUAUAGCCUCUAAAUCUGCGUUCACGUAUGAGGAGGCCCAAAUACGAAAGGACGAUCCAAAUUUGCAGGACGAGCUAACGAAGAGCAUCCGCCUUCUCAACGAACUCGCCCGAAAACUCAAGGCUGGUCGGAUGGCUGCGGGCGCGCUCAACCUAGCCUCGCCCGAGGUCAAGAUCCAACUUGAUAGCUCCGAGUCAUCCGAUCCGAUCGAUGUGGAACAGAAAGAGUUACGUGAGACAAACAGCCUAGUGGAGGAGUUCAUGCUCCUUGCGAACAUCAGCGUCGCGCGGAAGAUUCAGGAGACAUUCCCGCAAACUGCAGUGCUGAGACGACAUUUGCCGCCACCUCGCUCGAACUUCGAGAAGUUGCAAGAUAUUCUACUGAAGCGCAGAGGAUUGAAUCUGGACGUGUCGAGCUCAGGCGCCCUGGCAGCGUCUCUGGACAAGUGCCUGGAUCCCACUGAGCCUGCGUUCAAUACCCUGGUCCGAAUUAUGGCCACCCGCUGCAUGCUAGCAGCAGAAUAUUUCUGUUCCGGCAGUGUAGGCCGCGAUACCUUCGGACACUAUGGCCUGGCGACGCCCAUAUAUACGCACUUCACGAGUCCCAUUAGACGCUACGCGGACGUGCUUGUGCACCGGCAGCUUGCUUCCGCGAUAGCAUACGCACCGCUGCACGCGACGUUGCACUCGAAAUCGCACGUCGAGCGCGUCCUGGAUGUUGUUAACCGCCGCCAUAGAAUGGCUCAAAUGGCUGGCCGUGCGAGCGUAGAGUUCUAUGUUGGGCUGGCGCUCAAGGCUCGCGGACAAAAUAAGGGAAACACGGAGGAGGCGUUCGUGAUCCGGACAUUCAAAAACGGUCUUGCUGUGUUUGUGUCGAAGCUGGGGAUCGAAGGUCUCGUGACAUUCAAACGCGAGAUCCAGUUCGACGCAGAAAACUACGCCGUCACUGUGCAGACCGAAUCUCAACAGAGCGCUACUAUUGCAGUCUUCGACAAGGUGACGGUAAGCGUCGAGGUUGAGAAAGACAAGAACACGCAGCGAGGUCGGGUCAAGAUGACGUUGUUAAGCCCGAUCGAUUCUCGUGGACUGUAA